AGCGUAACAUCUGCGUUUCUAGGAGCUUCGCUCUGCGGGUGGUUUAAGAUUCUAGUGUUGUAGGGGCCUACUCCAGACUGCUCGUCUUGAAGAAACAUUGAUUUCAGAGAUGGCUCUGAGUAAAUCAAUGCAUGCAAGGAAUAGAUACAAGGACAAACCUCCUGACUUUGCUUAUUUGGCAUCCAAAUAUCCAGAUUUUAAGCAGCAUGUUCAGAUAAAUCUGAAUGGAAGAGUGAGUCUUAAUUUUAAAGACCCUGAAGCAGUCAGAGCUCUGACUUGUACUCUUCUAAAGGAGGAUUUUGGACUUUCUAUUGAUAUUCCACUGGAAAGACUGAUUCCUACAGUUCCCUUGAGACUCAACUACAUUCAUUGGGUAGAAGAUCUAAUUGGGCAUCAGGACUCGGACAAAAGUACUCUCCGAAGAGGAAUUGACAUAGGUACGGGGGCAUCCUGCAUCUAUCCUUUACUUGGAACAACCUUAAAUGGCUGGUAUUUCCUUGCCACCGAAGUGGAUGAUAUGUGCUUCAACUAUGCAAAGAAAAAUGUGGAACAGAAUAAUUUAUCUGAUCUUAUAAAAGUGGUAAAAGUACCACAGAAGACACUCCUGAUGGAUGCUCUUAAAGAAGAAUCUGAGAUAAUCUAUGAUUUUUGCAUGUGCAACCCACCCUUUUUUGCUAAUCAGUUGGAAGCAAAGGGAGUAAACUCUCGAAACCCUCGGAGACCGCCGCCUAGUUCUGUAAAUACAGGAGGCAUCACAGAGAUCAUGGCAGAGGGAGGUGAAUUAGAGUUUGUUAAGAGGAUCAUUCAUGACAGUUUACAACUUAAAAAAAGAUUAAGGUGGUACAGCUGUAUGCUGGGGAAGAAAUGCAGCCUGGCUCCUUUAAAGGAAGAACUUCGCAUACAAGGGGUUCCUAAAGUCACCUACACUGAAUUCUGUCAAGGUCGGACAAUGAGAUGGGCUUUAGCUUGGAGUUUUUAUGAUGAUGUUACAGUGCCAUCACCACCCAGUAAGCGAAGAAAACUAGAGAAGUCAAGGAAACCCAUUACGUUUGUAGUGUUGGAGUCUGUGAUGAAAGAAUUGUCCCUCAAAGCGUCCUCUUUGGGCUCUGAGACAAUGGAAGGCAUAGUAGUUGUGACAACAUGGAUUGAAAAAAUCCUCACUGAUCUGAAGGUCCAGCAUAAACGAGUCCCCUGUGGAAAGGAAGAGGUUAGCCUUUUCCUAACAGCAAUAGAAAAUUCCUGGAUUCACUUAAGGAGAAAGAAACGAGAGCGAGUAAGACAGCUGAGAGAAGUUCCCCGCGCUCCUGAGGACGUCAUCCAAGCCUUGGAGGAGAAGAAGUCUACCCCGAGAGAGUCUGGCAGUAGCCAGGAUUUGGCCCAGGGUCCCCGGGAGAGCACCCUGUGUGGGCCUGCUGCACAGGAAGGUGAAUCCGCCACUGUCGAGGGCCAUUCCGCAAACCAGGAUCUGCUUUUCCAGGAUGAAAACCCAGAACCUAUGGAGGAUGAAAGGAGUGAGGAAAAGGGAGGGACAGAGGCUUCAGAAAAUUGUAAAGGCUCUAACAGUGGAGCCCAGGACCGAGAGGCUUCUGAGCAGUUCAGCAGCCCAGUGUCUGAAAAAGGGACCCAUCUCCAAGGAGUGGCUGGACAUUACCUAUUCAAGUGUUUGAUAAAUGUAAAGAAGGAGGUGGAUGAUGCUCUAGUUGAAAUGCAUUGGGUGGAGGGCCAGAAUCGGGAUUUGAUGAACCAGCUGUGUACCUAUAUACGUAACCAAAUUUUCAGGCUUGUUGCUAGUUAAAUUCUUGCACAGCUGGGAAGUUCCCAUAAAGUAGCUUGCCUUGGGGUGGCAAGAGGUAUUCCACCAUAGGCCCAUUGGUGAUUAUGUGCAAUUAUCCUUUAAAAAAAAAAAAGGAAGGAAGGAAAGAAAUUAAUCUCUUUUUAACCCCUGCCCAAUCCCCCUUAUUAAAGUUACUGGGCAAUAGUA